GCCGCCCAAAAUACAGGCCAGUUUCAAUUGACGCGAUGGCAACGAUCUCGGACGACGAGCUGGCACAGGCCUUCUUGGCCUCGCUUGUGCACGGCGGCGGCGCGGAAGCCGACCAGCAAGAGCAAGAGUACCUCGUCCGCGAGCUCAUGCCAUGCUUGAUCCCAGCGCUCAAGAGCCUCCUGCGCGCGCACGACGACGCUAUUCGGCGCAAGUGCAACGGCGAGCUUGUGCUACCGAUCAAGCCCCUCGACUACUUGGCCAAGUAUCUGUAUCGGCACAACCCAAAGUUCGCCAAGCCGACGGACGAGACGCUGAUGCUGCAACGCCUUGCCGAGAAGCUCACGCAAUAGAUAGAAGAGAACGUUAAAUGGGCGACGCGGCUGGCGAUGGCGACGCCGAGACCUCGGGCGACGAGCUCGGUGAUAAUGUACGGUAUCCUUCGUCG